AUAAAAUAUAUUUGAGUGUUUAACAGCACAAACUUUAUGUGAAAUAUAGAUAUUAGUCCUUCAUGUCUAUUGUGAAGUGUUGAGUUAUAAUACUGAUUGACAUUCUCCAUAACUUGAGAGAAUGGCAUCCAGAGACCUGACCAUGGGCAUCUUUUUCCUGUCUCAGACUGUUCUGGGAAUGCUGGGGAACUCAGCCUUGCUUUGUUGUUUAAUCAUCGCUGACUUCACUGGGAUCAGGACAAAGCCUAUAGACCGAAUUGUCAAACAUCUGACUUGGGCCAACAUCAUGGUUGUUAUCUGCAAAGGAAUCCCUCAGACAAUGACUGCUUUUGGUCAUACAUAUUUUCUAGAUGAAACUACAUGUAAACUUAUCUUUUAUUUGCAUAGAGUUUCUAGGGGAUUUUCCCUUGGUUCCACAUGCCUGUUAAGUGUCUUUCAGGCCAUCACUAUUAGCCCCAGCAAUUGCAAGUCUGCACAGCUGAAGGCCAGAGCCCCCCAAAUCAUUGGUCCUUCCCUGGUACUGUGCUGGUCCCUGUGUCUACUUUUAAAUAUCUUCUUAAUCAUGGCAGUGACUGACAUGACAGAUAAAGGAAAUCUUACUGAAUUUAUCCACUUGGUGUACUGUGUAGGAGUAAAGGAUUCCAAGCUCUUUCAUGCAGGAUAUGCGAUCAUAUUGGCUUCCACUGAUGUCAUGUGUUUAGGACUCAUGAUGUGGACCAGUGGCUCCAUGAUGUUUUUCUUGCUCAAGCAUAAGCAAAGGGUCCAGUAUAUUCACAGGUCCUUGGCUAAUAAGCCCUUUCAUGAGAUCAAAGCUACACAAAGUAUUGUUACCCUAGUGAGCAGUUUUGUAGUUUUUAAUGGAACUUCUGUCAUCUUAGCGUUGUAUUUUUCUUUAUAUUUUCAAUUGACAUUGCUUGCCAAUGUCAGUGUGGCCAUGAAUGCAUGCUUCCCAGCACUGUGCCCCUUUCUGUUCAUAAGAAACUAUAUUAGGGUUUAUAAGCUCAGCAAUAGUUAGGUGUGAAUCAUGGGCUAUUUUAUAGCAUAGUCAGCCCUUUAAAACAUAGGUUGUAUACACUAUUAUUUAUUCAGUAUGUAAUUUCCCCAUCAGAUCCAUGCUCUAGGUAUAAUAUCUCCCCAUACUCUUGAAUUCAGUUACUUUAAAUUGUUUCAAUUUAGAAUAUUUUAGUGCUAGAUAAAUUUAAAUUGGGUGAUAUAUAAGUUGUAAAGACUGUGAGAAUUUACAUGGCUUUAUCAUUCAU